AUGACAAAACCUCAAUACCAGCAAUUCCAAAAGACUAAUAGCGACAUCAUCGAAGAAGUCUGUGUUAGGACUGUAAACACCUCCGCAAGCAAUGAUAACUCGUCGUGCUUUGUGAGUUUGCAAGACAUUCGAGACGUGUUUCCAGAUGCACUACGCUUCAAGUUGGAUGGGCACCCCAUUCCUUUCCUUUUAGACGAUAAUGGCAAUAGGAUCGAACCACCACGUAUUGCAUUCUAUCCUGACAGGAUCUUGGACGUCAUUGCAGGGGCACCGCAGUCCUGCAACUGCGUCUGCAACUGUGAAAGCAGCAGCAGCAGCAGUAGCAACGCCAUCAUCCGCUUGCCAACAUUGAAACAAUCGAAGAACCUGGACUUUCAGGACCUUCUUUGGUCAUUAUCAAAUAUAGCCCAACCUUCAAACUCAUUUCUUACCAUUCGUAAUAACGAAGAUUUCAACUCUCACCUUGAAGAGAUUAAAGGCCUGCUACUGGAGGCCAAAAAUAGAGAUAAUGAGGUGAUUAAACUGCAGUCAGAGAUGCUUAAACUGCAGUUGGAGGCGAAGGAGAAGAACGAUGAGGUGCUAAAACUGCAGUUGGAGGCGAGGGAGAAGAGCGAUGAGGUGGUAAAAGUGCAGUUGGAGAUGCGUCAGCUGCAAUUGGAGGCCAAGGAGAAGGACGACAAGAUGCUUGAAAUGCAGAAGGAGACUCUUAAUUUACAACAGCAAGUACUCGACAGACUUGCCAUCCUUCAGCAGAAAGUUGAAGCUAUCCUUAUCCAGUCCUUUGAGCUGCACGAGUACCCAAUCCCUCGGCUGUUUAUCAUUUUGCCUAUCGAUCGUACCAAGUGGGACCCAAUGAAUAUCUUGAGAAAUAAGGUCCGACUUCAUUUCUUAUGCGAACACGGCAUCCACGCCGUAAACGCAGCUAAGAGCUGUCACGACCAGAUCCAUCUUGCCAGACAUGAGGGAUAUGAGAUCCGGGAGAGCACAGAGUUUUUCCAAAAGUAUGGAAAAUACAUGACCAUCCUUUUACAGUGCCUCAGUAUGGGAAUGCCCUUGGCUGCCUCGCUUGGGUCAGUCCCGGAUCUCAAAGCCGGUAUCGAUCAUUCACUCAACUAUAUGAAAGCGCUAUCUGUUGAGUACCCGGCCUUGAACAGCAUCAACACAAUCGAGGACUAUGAGGCACUUGAAGGAGCAGAUCUCCGAGGACUGAGCAAAUUCCUUCAAAUCAACGAUGAAGAUGGUAAGCUUGGCAACUUGUACAGGACUACGACCGAAGGGGGGCAUGUCAAAUGGGUUUGUGUCGACCACUACCGCUCAACGUAUAAAGAGAAAGAACAAAAAGCAUUUGAAGGCGCUGUGGAGAUGAACGGUGGCAAGUAUGACUCACAACUUGGUAAAGUGACCGUUGAGUUGGGAUCCAGAAUUAGAGCAGCAGAAUUCUUUGAUGCUUUGACCAAAGCAAAACAUAUUUACGAGUUGGACAUCACACUCAACUGGGAUUGGACCAAGACUGACCUUGAAGCAAUUGAGAGUGCACUAAGAGUGUCGAGUGUAUCGAUUCUUCGGCUUGACCUUGGUAGUCCUCAAGAAGGUAUUGCCAGGAAACUGCUUUCAACAACUGCGAGAUAUGAAAGACUUGUUCGUAUUAUAGAGCUCAACACUAUGAAAGUGGUCCGUAUUGCAUUGCCUUCAGACCUCAUCAAGCUUUCCAGGCUACCAACUUAA